CUCUACCAGCACACCACACCGGUCCCUUGUCUUCAACCUCUGAACCAAACCAAACCAAACAGUGAGACAACAAACAUCAUUUCCCGCCCAAACUUACAGAAGAGGAUUUAUGUAUGUGAGGUGAUAAUGUGACGGAGAUGAUCCGUGUUAUAGAGAAUCUGUCUGAGUUUGUUUACGAGACGGUUCCAGAAGGAACUAUUGUCAAAUGCAGGAUCACCAGAAACAGGAAAGGAAUGGAUAAAGGUCUUUUCCCGACGUACUUUCUUCACCUUGAGAGAGAGGAAGGUCGACCUGUAUUCCUGCUUGCAGCCAGGAAAAGAAGAAAACUUGGAAGUUCGAGUUAUCUGAUAUCCACAGAUCCUACAGAUAUAUCACGGGAGGGUGAAUCUGUAGUUGGUAAACUAAGAUCAAAUAUCCUGGGAGCCAGGUUUACGCUGGUAGGUGGAGCAGGCAAAUCAAGAACUAGGUCACAGAGCAGUGACAGGAGUAGCAGCGAGUGCAGUGGGUCAGAUGUUUGUUGUUGUCAGCAUGCCAGUACACUUGCUGAAGUACAGUAUGAGCUAGAUAUACUAGGUGUAAAGGGACCCAGAAGAAUGAAGGUUGGACUACCAACUUUAGCUCAGGGGCGCCUUAUGCUUACCGACCCUCCUGCUCAGGGGCGCCUAAUAGCUGAACCAAAAAGAGUUAAUUUGCUUCCAAUGCCCCUGAGAAACACAAACAAAACUGACCUGGUGCUGAAAAGUAAAAAGGCUACUUGGGACCCUCAGAUAAGCAGCUAUGUACUGAAUUUCUAUGGCAGAGCAAGUCAGGCUUCAGUUAAAAAUUUCCAGUUAAUCCACGAAUCUCAGCCUGACGUUAUUCUUCUACAAUUUGGCAAAAUAUCUGAGGAAAAGUUUAUUCUUGACAUCAGGUUCCCUUUGAGCGCAAUCCAGGCCUUUGGAAUCGCAUUGUCUAGCUUUGACUGUAAAAUUGCUUGUGAAUAAUAUUUAAAUUAAUAAAUACAAAUAUAAUUUUACAAACUUUAA